AUGAACGUUCAUGAUCUUCUCACUGACGAGGCGAAUACUAUGUGUCCACUGUCACCUGCGACGUCGGUUUACAGCAGCUCCAGUAGCAGCGACUCGAGCUCAAGUUUGAGCGGAGAAAAGCGCGGCUGGGUGGCCCCGUUCCUACUGCAUCUGCACCAGUUGCUACGGCGUGAGGACUCCAAGAUCAUUCGGUGGGCUGAAGACGGAAUGGCUUUUCAGAUCUUGGACAAGGAGGCUAUGACGUCUCAGAUUUUGCCUAAAUACUUCAAGAAUAAGAAUUUCUCGAGCUUCCAGCGCCAGCUCAACUACUUUGGCUUCCGCAAGUGGAGCAAAGCCCGUGCUCAGUUUCCUACCUACAGCCGCGAACACUUCAAGCGCGACAACUUUAGCGAGAUGUCGCUAGUCAAACGCCAGAGCAAAAAGUCUCGCAAACGCAAAAUCGCCUCCGAUGAAGAGAUGCCGGCGAAGCGUGCCGCUGUGCAGCCAAUUGACUGGGCCGUUAACGAUAAGUUUACGCCCAUUCUCCCGCGCCCGAUUUCUAAUCCAAAGGCAGCUAUGGCCGCUUACACUCAGAAAAAACCUCGCAUCAUUUCACCACUGAUGCAGCCGGUGCCCCUGUGUAGCCUUCCCAUGCUGUCCCCCAGUCGCAAGAUGAACAGUGGCUACAAACUGCCUUCCAUCCGCGAGCUGUCGCUAUCCAGCGCCAUGUUAUACGCCGACGUCGGCCCCAUUCGCCCCCGCCUCAUGGCGUAA